UAUUUAUACUACACCCCCUUUGGCCUUUUGCACUAGAAACUAGAAAGAAAAUGAACCUCUUCCAAUAUCUGAAUCAAAACCAAUCCAAAAACCAGUCUCCAAAUUUCCUUUUCCUCGGAUCUUCACCAAAAAGUUAAAACAAAUUUUUGCUAGCCACACCUGCUAAAUUUCCUUUGCAGUUUAUCCCGACCAAAAACAGUGCACCCCUAUACCGACACCGCGAAAAAUGAGCACCAAGAGAGGGAGUGAAGCAUUUCGAUUUGCAAUCCACCUGCUUCAAGGAAGAUGGUUCUCAGUUUUUGCCUCGUUUCUCAUCAUGGCAGGAGCUGGAGCUACUUACCUCUUUGGUGUCUACUCCAAGCAGAUCAAGUCCUCUCUUGGCUAUGACCAAACCACCCUCAACCUGCUAGGGUCUUUCAAGGACCUUGGAGCAAAUGUUGGUGUCCUCUCAGGGCUCAUUGGUGAAGUCACCCCAACAUGGUUUGUACUCCUCAUUGGCUCAGCCAUGAACUUUACGGGCUACUUCAUGAUUUGGCUUGCUGUCACUGCCAAAAUCCCAAAACCUAAAGUUUGGCAUAUGUGCCUCUACAUCUGCAUUGGAGCCAACUCUCAGAAUUUUGCAAACACUGGAGCUCUUGUCACAUGUGUCAAGAAUUUCCCGGCUAGUCGCGGCGUUAUGCUGGGAUUGUUAAAGGGGUUUACUGGACUCAGUGGAGCUAUGUUCACCCAAAUUUACUUGGCGGUUUACGGAAACAAUUCGAAAUCUAUGAUUCUUCUCAUUGCUUGGCUUCCUGCUGCGCUAUCGGUAGUUUUUGUGUACACCAUUAGGCCAAUGAAGCUUGUUAGGCAACCCAAUGAGCUUAGAGUGUUUUACCAUUUCCUCUAUGUCUCAAUUGGUCUUGCUGUUUUCCUCAUGGCUAUGAUUAUACUUCAAAAGCAGAUUAAUUUCUCACAAGCUGCUUAUGCUGGAAGUGUUACCGUGGUUUGUUUUUUCCUUUUCGUCCCUCUUGGGAUUGCAAUUAGAGAGGAGUUAAUCCUCUGGAAUCUCAUGAAGCAACCUGUUGAUCCUCCAACCGAGUUAACCGUUGAGAAACUUCCGGCACAAGCAAUUGAAGCGAAAGAUGAGCAAGAAAAGAAAACAAAUAUUUCUUGUUUUGCUGAUGUAUUCAACAAACCAAAAAGAGGAGAGGACUACACAAUCUUACAAGCAUUGCUAAGCGUCGACAUGCUCAUAUUGUUCAUCGCAACACUAUGUGGACUCGGGUCAAGUUUGACAGCAGUAGACAAUUUGGGGCAGAUUGGCGAGUCUCUUGGAUACCCAACAAAAACAAUAAGCUCAUUUGUGUCAUUAGUGAGCAUAUGGAACUACUUUGGGAGGGUUUUUUCGGGGUUUGUCUCCGAAAGCCUAUUAGUAAAAUGGAAAGUCCCCAGACCCCUAAUGAUGACUCUUGUUCUUCUUCUGUCCUGCGUCGGCCACCUCCUCAUUGCAUUUCCAGCCCCGGGAUCGGUCUACGUGGCAUCCGUGAUCAUCGGAUUUUCUUUCGGUGCCCAAUUGCCAUUGCUUUUCGCAAUCAUUUCCGAGCUCUUUGGGCUCAAGUACUACUCUACAUUGUUCAAUUGUGGACAGCUUGCCAGCCCCCUCGGGUCCUAUAUUCUGAAUGUGAAGGUCACAGGAAUGCUGUAUGACAGAGAGGCAUUGAAGGAGUUGGCAAAGAGUGGGAGGGAUCGGUCUUCAGUGAAGGAGCUGAUUUGUCUUGGGAGCCAAUGUUAUAGGUUGGCUUUCUCAAUUUUGGCUGCUGUAACAUUCUUUGGUGCAGUUGUUUCAUUGAUGUUGGUGGUGAGGACAAGAGAGUUUUACAAAGGUGAUAUUUAUAAGAAGUUUAGAGACGAAGCAGAGGAUUCAUAGAUUUUGCUUUCUCUUGCAUUGGUGAACAUUUGGAGUUUGAUCUGUUAUGAACUAAGAAUUGUUGGAAUAGAGAUUCUUGAGAUGCAUGAAGCGGGCCAAGAAGCACUUGGACAUUUUCCUGGUGAACAAUAAAGCUUGUCAGGAUACAUGUACUACUACUACUGAAAAGAUGUAUUUUGUAAGCCAAUGGCAAUUGCUUUAUGAUUCAUAUGUGGGUUUCUCACCAGUGGUUUCUUCA